CAAGUCGUACACCACAGUUCAUCCACUAUAGACCUUUGUUACGACUCCCCCCCCCUGCUUCUAGAAACCUCGAUUGAUCAUCGAAUCGGAAACCAAAGCAGUUCGAAAAUGGCGAAUCUGCUUCGAUGUCAGAGGAUUGGCUGUAACGCAACCUUCACUGAAGAAGAUAAUCCUGACGACUCCUGCAAAUAUCAUGAAUCGGGACCUUAUUUUCACGAUGGUAUGAAAGAGUGGAGUUGUUGCAAGAAAAAGAGUCAUGAUUUCAGUUUAUUUCUGGAAAUUCCUGGAUGCAAGACAGGUAAACAUACAACCGACAAGCCUGUGAUAGCAAAGGCUCCCGCUGCUUCAAAGCCAGCAAUCAAAACAUCGACAACUUCGACUAACGUGUCCGCUAAAGAAGCUUGCCCUAGGUGUCGCCAAGGAUUCUUUUGUUCUGACCAUGGAUCACAGGCUAAAGAUACAAAUCCAAAACCCUCGUAUCAAGUUCAAUCUACUCCUUUGCAGGAAAGUGUGAAACCUACGGUAAAGAAAAUUGUAGACAUAAACCAGCCCCAAAUUUGCAAAAACAAAGGAUGCGGUCAAACUUUCAAAGAAAUUGAAAAUCAUGACACUGCUUGUAGUUACCAUCCGGGUCCUGCUGUCUUCCAUGAUCGACUGAGAGGGUGGAAAUGCUGUGACAUUCAUGUGAAGGAGUUUGAUGAGUUCAUGACCAUUCCACCGUGUACCAAGGGAUGGCACAAUGCAGAUGCAGCUUCCUAACAAGUACAAAACCACACGUUUUAGUUAUUCAAUCUGCGACUACUAAAACUGGUUGUUAUUCUGUUGUAGAACCGGUUAUUUAUUUCGUCAGUAUCGGGGUUAACAAACUGGACUUUAGAUAAUGAUUGCAAUAAGUGCGUUUUGUACACGGACUUCUCACCUGGAACUUGACUCUUCAAAACUAGGGGUGGAAAUUCUGACAUGAUAAAAAAAUAACCUAAGUUUUGGGUGUCAUGCCUAA